AUGGCAGCCACAGUGUCGUUGAAAACCGCCGACGCCGGGAAGGAAGAGGAGAUGAGGAAGAGGAACGAGGAGUUGGAGAGGGAGCUGAAGAUGAGUGUGGAGAGGGAAGAUCGGAUGAAGGAGCAACUCCGGUGCCUGUGGGAGAGGCUGCGGGUGGCGGAGGAAGCGGAGGAGCGCCUGUGUUCUCAGCUCGGCGAACUGGAGGCCGAGGCCGUCGACCAGGCCCGUUCCUACCGGGCCCACCUCUCCGUUCUCAUGGAUCAGUUAUCUGCGGCCCAUAAGCUGCUUCAAUCCGCUUCCAUUUCCCUCCCCACCGACCACCACGCACUAUGA